UCUUUCUCUCUCUUGCCAAUAAACAAAUUUAAAAUAUCUCUCUCUUUCUUUUUCUCUCAAAUUUGUAUCAUCUUCUUUACACUCGAAAAUACGUAUUUAUAUACGGUCGCGUUUAGUCAGCUGAUCGGCCGGAGGCGGUAGCGGUGCUGGUGGUUCGGUGUUUGAUCAGAUCGUGAUCCAAUGGCUGAAGACAAGUACAACCUCAAGAAUCCGGCAGUGAAGAGGAUCUUACAAGAGGUUAAGGAGAUGCAAUCCAAUCCUUCCGAUGAUUUCAUGAGCCUCCCUCUCGAGGAGAAUAUAUUUGAAUGGCAAUUUGCAAUUAGGGGUCCUGGGGAUUCUGAAUUUGAAGGAGGGAUUUAUCAUGGAAGGAUCCAAUUGCCUUCAGAGUAUCCAUUUAAGCCCCCUUCAUUUAUGUUGCUAACUCCAAAUGGGCGUUUCGAAACCCAGACUAAGAUUUGCUUAAGUAUAUCUAAUCACCACCCGGAGCAUUGGCAGCCAUCUUGGAGUGUGCGGACUGCUCUUGUGGCACUGAUUGCUUUCAUGCCUACCAGCCCAAAUGGUGCCUUAGGUUCUCUAGAUUAUAAGAAGGAAGAGCGGCGUGCUCUUGCUAUCAAAUCUCGUGAAUCACCACCUAAAUUUGGGAACCCCGAGCGCCAAAAACUUAUUGAUGAGAUACAUGAAUAUAUGUUAAGCAAGGCACUUCCUGUUCCUCAACUCAAUCCUUCACAGGCCUCAGAAGAAGACCCUAUUGAUAGGGAUGGAGAAGCUCAGGCUAAUCAGCAAGAUUCUGUUACCAUGGUUUCUGGGAAUGGGCUCCUCAAUCAACAAGUAGGUGACAGGGUUGUUGAGGAAGAGCCUGUGGCUCCUACUGAUGCUAAUCAAGCUACUGCUGAAGGGAGGAUGAGGGUAGUGAGAGAGAUUCCUGCGAGUGGACAAAGUAAUGAGCCACUGCAAAGGCCAGAGAUGAGGGUUCAAAGGUCUGCUGAUGACCACUUGUUUACAUGGGCUGCUGUUGGACUUACAAUUGCAAUUUUGGUUCUUUUGUUCAAGAAGUUUAUGAAAUCUAGUGGACAUGGUGCUGUUUUCAUGGAUGGUUCAUAGUUCCACCGAGGAUCUACAAUGACCUGCGAUCGCUUUGACGGACUAGUUCAACAAGGAGCUAGAAACCUAUCAAUAUUUUUAUUUACAUCUAGAGUGGAUCAUUCUGUAAUAUAUAGCAUGCCGUCUUGAUAAAUCUCAGCUAUUGUUAUUAAUGGUAUAUGUGAGCAUGAUAUAUACACAUAAGUUUUGAGUAUUCUUUGCUUGGUGAAACUCUUGUAGAUGUUCUGUUCCAACUAUAUAACACAUUGAGCAGUAUUUUGCA